UAAGUGUGUUGAAGGUGUAUAUUGGUUUUGUUAGUUGCCUUUAGUAAUUACUUUAAGCUAGAACCUUUUUGCAGUACUACCAUAGUCAUUUGUUUCCUUGAAUCCGGACUCAGAGCAGUUGGGGUUUUGUGUGAUCCAAUCCGGACUUUAAGCAUUAGGGGACUACUCUGGCCAAUAGAUGAAGUUUUUCAAAGACGGAGAUGAUAUAGAAUCGGAUAAACUUGAGAAAGGAAUUCAAGAUUCCAUUGUAGAAAUUGUGAAGAAAAGGGAGAAAGGGAAAAAGGGGGAUGAUAAGCAAAGCUUUGGAGAAGAUUUUCUUGGAUUACUUCUAAAAGCUCAUUAUGAUUGUAGUAGUGAAAAUGAUAACAUAUCUAUUGAAGAAAUAAUCGAUGAGUGCAAGACAUUUUAUGGUGCUGGACAUGGAACAACAUCAAUUUUGCUCUCAUGGACAAUUCUUCUUCUAGCAAUCAACACUGAUUGGCAAGAGAAAGCCAGGGAAGAGGUGACCAAAUUAUUUGGACAAGACCCCCCAAAUUCAGAAGGGAUUUCAAGACUGAAAACGAUUAGCAUGAUCAUUAAUGAGACUCUAAGACUCUAUCCCCCAGCAAUCUACGCAAGAAGAACAACAAAGGAAGGAGCAAAAUUAGGGAACUACAAGCUUCCUGCUGAUCUAAACAUAUCUAUUGCAAUCUUAGCAGUUCACCAUGACCCUCAGAUAUGGGGAGAUGAUGCCCAUCUUUUUAAUCCAGAAAGAUUUUCACAAGGGGUUUCUGGAGCAACCAAGAUCAACAAUCCAGCAGCAUUUUUGCCUUUCAGCCUUGGACCUCGAACAUGUGUUGGCUCGAAUUUUGCAAUCACUGAAGUAAAGAUCGCACUCUCAAUGAUUUUGCAGAGAUAUGCUUUCACACUCUCCCCAAGUUAUGUACACUCUCCUGUACAGAUGCUUGCCCUUAUGCCUCAACAUGGGGUACAAGUGGUACUCCAUGCUCUCUAAUGUGUACAUUGGGUUUCUUUUGUAGUCUGACUUGAAUCAAAGCAUUAUAGUCCUCCUAGUUAAAA